UAGAUUUGACCGUUGGCCGUUGAUUCAGUUUGAAAAUUGGGGGGCCUUGUUUCGGUUACAAAAUGCGGGAAAUUAAAUAAAAAGGUACAAAUUAUAUAAUAAUGGCCGAUAAGCUUAGAGAUUAUCAAGUUCUUGACGUGUUUUGCGGUGGUACGUUCUACAAAGUGAAGCACAAGGUCACUAACAACAUAUUUGCUUGGAAGGCAUACAAUUGCUCUGCAUAUUCCAGUGAACAAAUACAAAACGUAGUUGGUGAAGUGAAAUCCAUUGGUAAAUUGUUAUCAGGCAGCUUACUACGUUAUUACGACACAAUUCUCCACGGCCCAACAAAGACAUUGUACUUUGUUCUCGAAUACAACCCUUGGCAGACGUUACAGGAAUUAAUCGAUGUCUCAAGGGAAGAAGGGAAGUAUUUUUCAGAAGAUUUUAUAUGGCAUACUCUAUUGGAAGUUGUAAGAGCUUGCAAAGAACUGAAAAAUUUAGAAUUUGUGACGUUACAAAAAUGCAUUACGCCAGCAUCGAUUUUCGUGAGCCCUAACUGCGAACUGCGUAUUAAUAGCUUCGAUUUAGAUCCACCAAAAUUCAUCCCUCAAGAUGUUAUGCAGCAAGUUGGGUAUUUAAUUAAGUCUCUGUGUUGUGGAUCCGAAAAAACACCACGUGAACAUGAAUUCAUGGUUCAAUACAGUGACGACCUUAAGGAUGUCAUUAACUUCAUAAUCGAGGACAGAAAUACUACAUUACGUCCAGAUGUAGUCCUGUAUCACCCUACAGUCCUAACAAACACAGAUUCUUUGAAAAUUCCAAAACAUGUAUCUGAGAUUCUUUUAAAGUUCAAUUAUACAAGUUCUGAAGUCAAUAAAUGUGAUUCAGAGAAAGCUGUUGAUAUGUGUAAGAAAAUAAAACCUCUGCCAAGAACUCAUCUUUUAGAUGACAGUCCCAUUUACUGCAACAUAGUGUCUCGGAGACAGAAGCAAAAUAAUACACCACACACUAACUUGAAUAGUGAAUGUCUAUCUCCAACAGUAGCUGCAUUAGCUUUAGAGCUGCCUGGCUAUGUUCCUAGAAGCAGAAAACCUUAUAGUGAACCUGUUACCUUCAUUGAUGAUGCCCAAAAAGUUUCUCAAGAUACACUUAGCCAUCAGUGGAUGUCUCGCUUAGUAGCACUGAGGCAGAGGGAGGAAUCAUUAAAUCUAAGGGAGAGAGACCUACUGGCUAAGGAAAUCAAGAAUAGCCCCAGUACUAAACUAGUAUGUAUUAAUAAGACCCCUGUCAAAGACAGUAAUGGUAUUACUUUGCCCCCUGAAAUCAAUCACAUUGAUGAGAAAAAACAAUGGAUGUCACGACGUCCGCGUCGGCGUAGUGGGUCUGUCCGUUCUCGUGGACGAAGGAAAAGUUAUGCUUAUGAAGACUUAGACAGCUCACUAUCAGCAGACAAUGGAGACAGCAGCAUGAUUAUCACAGCAGCCAAGAUAACUAAAGAAAACAUGCCUCGAAACCUAUUCCCUGAUUUAUCUACAAAGAAAGUUCACUUCACACCAAACAAUCCCUUUGUUGACAGUGAUGAGAGUGUAACAUUAACUUUUUAUGAACUAGAUAAUAUAGAUAAGGAAGGAUAUCAUGUGCCAAGGCAGGACAUCAAUAAGUUUAAGUAUCUAAAUGCAGACAAAUCUGAGAAAAGAGGUAGCGAUUGGUGCCACUCGUCUCCCAAUAAACAAGCAAAAAUAAGUGAUAUUUUCUCUGAUGUAACAAAUAAGAGUAAUUUAAGGAAGACUCCAUCCAAAACUAGUAUAACAUCUAAAUCUUCAAAUAUAUCAAGAUGCUCAAUCAUAUCAAGCAAAAGCCAAUGGAGUACAGAGGUUGGAGAAAGCACUUUUGAAAGGACAAGGUCUAUUCGUCAACCAGAAUCCCUUCCAACCCCAGCAGUUAAAAAAACUAAACGUAAGUCUCUUCUACCAUUUAAGACUCCAUUUAAAUUUAUGUCUUCAUCAACAAAAAUUUAGAUCUCAUAGAUCAAUAUUAAUUAAGAAAUUUUUAAUUUUAAUGGUUGUGGUAUAAAGCAGCUAAAUGCUUCCUUAGUUAUAAGUUCUUAUUGUAAAUUCGAUAACGGACAUAACCCACCUUUAUUAGUUAAGAAAUUUAAUGAAAAUUAUAUGUUGUGUAUUUGAAUUAUAAAAUGUUCUAGAAUAAGUUCUAAUUGUAUUUUCUUAUAGAUAUAAUUUCUAUGUGCUAUAUAAAUGAGAUUAUUAUGAAAAACAUUAUAUUAAUUUU